UACAUAUUUGAAUAAUGCACUCAGACCUCACCUUCCUCCUUUUCAUCUUUUCUCCUUCCUCUAACUAAUAUACGCCAACAAAAGUUAACUCUCUCGUUCUCUCUCUCGUGGGGAACUCUGUGUGGUGGCGAUGGCGGUAGCCGAGUUCCUGUACUCCGCAUGCUCCAUCACCGCCACAGCCUCCACCGACCGCCAUUGCUCCUCCUCCUCCUUCCUUCCUUCCAAGGCGUACCGCCUGUUGAAGUACCACCCUCCUGGAUUGCAGCUUACCAGCUCUCCUCGACGCCAACAAGCGUUCAAGUUGGUCUGCUCGGCCGCACCACAGCAAGUGGAAGCCCCGGCUCCGGCUGCAUCUGCUGCCGUGUCUCCUUCGCUUAACGGGAAGCCUAAAUUGGAGAGUUCCGAGUGCUACGGUGUUUUCUGCCUCCAUUAUGACUUCAAAACGGAUGGGGAGACAAGGGCAUGGAAGAAACUGAUAAAAGUUGCAGUUUCAGGUGCUGCUGGAAUGAUUUCAAACCACCUACUCUUCAAGAUUGCAUCUGGUGAGGUGUUUGGACAAGAUCAACCAGUCGCGUUGAGAUUAUUGGGUUCUGAAAGGUCGUUUCGAGCUCUUGAAGGGGUUGCAAUGGAGUUGGAGGAUUCCUUGUUUCCUUUGUUGAGAGAGGUUAGCGUUGGUAUAGAUCCUUAUGAGGUAUUCAAAGAUGCAGAAUGGGCACUUCUAAUAGGUGCAAAGCCACGGGGGCCCGGAAUGGAAAGGGGAGACUUGCUAGAUAUAAAUGGAAAGAUCUUUGCCAAACAGGGUAGAGCUCUCAAUGCGGUUGCGUCUCGCAAUGUCAAGGUCAUAGUUGUUGGCAAUCCUUGCAACACAAAUACUCUGAUUUGUUUGAAGAAUGCACCAAAUAUUCCUGCAAAGAACUUUCAUGCUCUAACAAGGUUGGAUGAGAACAGAGCUAAAUGCCAACUGGCCCUGAAAGCUGGUGUAUUUUAUGAUAAAGUUUCAAAUAUGACCAUAUGGGGAAACCAUUCAACGACCCAGGUUCCAGAUUUUUUAAAUGCUAGAAUCCUUGGCUUACCAGUGAAAGAAGUUAUUACAGACACCCAAUGGUUGGAACAUGAAUUCACCCAAAAGGUUCAAAAGAGAGGCGGUGAACUUAUCAAGAAGUGGGGGAGAUCAUCAGCUGCAUCAACGGCAGUAUCUAUUGUUGACGCCAUAAGGUCCCUUGUUUUCCCCACACCUGAAGGAGACUGGUUUUCUUCAGCGGUUUAUACCAACGGCAACCCUUACGGCAUAGCAGACGAUAUUGUUUUCAGUAUGCCUUGCAGAUCAAAGGGUAAUGGAGAUUAUGAGCUGGUGGAAGAUGUAAUUAUUGACGACUUCCUUCGACAACGAAUAAAGAAAAGUGAAGCUGAGUUGCUUGCUGAAAAGAAAUGUGUUGCACACCUCACCGGAGAUAUCUUUAGGUUCAAGAAGUGCAACCUCAAUGGCAAUGGAUACUGUGACCUGCCUGGGGAUACCAUGCUUCCUGGAGAACAAUAGACCGAACAAUUGGUGCACCUUCUUUUAAGAGCUUAAUCAAUCAGAAUUUGCAUAUUCAGCAAAACAUCUUGUAGAAGUACCAAAUAGGUACAGAGGCAUAAAGAUUGAAUGUUGUAGGCAGAUGUUUGGCCACAUAAAUAACAGAGGCAGCUCAUGUGUCGUGUGUCUUGGGGUCAUGAUGACAUCCUCAGUGUGAAAAUUGUUGUAAUAAUAAUAAUAGUUUAUUCCUGCACAUGGUGCAUCGAUGUCACGCAAACAAAUAAUGGAAGAGCAUUUUCAUGGA